AGCGCACAUGUAGGUAGGUACGUGUAGGCGCGGCAGAACCAACACAUAUUUGAGCUUAUGGGGCUGAGGCGCGCUGUUGCAACACAUUCACUGGGUAUUUCACCGUACUUCUACUUCUACUACUUGUCAAAGCCUGUUCAGCAUCUAGACAAGGGUGAUCUUUGCCGAAGGUGGACGGCUUGUGUAAAUUUGUGCCGAAAUAUAUACAAAUCCGUAACGUUUUUGCACUGCUACUUUAUUUUGAAGAUUAAGAAGAACAGCCUGGAAGAUUAAGAAGAACAGAUAAAGAAUGGACAGCCUGGUUGAAAAGUUGACAUCUCGAGCCUCUCAACAAGAGUCUCAAAUUGCCGAGCUGAAGCAACAGAUUCAAGAGCUUCAGAAUGGUGGCGUUGAGGAUUGGGAGCAGGUUCCUCCAGAACUUGAGAAACUCCAGACGGAGAAUCAGAAGCUCAAGUACCGCAUUUCGCAUCUAAAGAGGAGCAUUGUCGAGGAGGAGUCCCAAGGUGGCGAUGCAGCUGGAAACAAUGUAUGCGGCAAGCUAACUGAGAUCUUCAGGACUGCCCUUCGUGUUGCGUACCCAGCCCUCACCAAUGCCCCUGUCGCAGUACAGCCCAGCCAGGUGGAGAAGUUUGGAGACUACCAGUGCAACAGUGCAAUGAUCAUUGCUCAGCAACUGAAGGCCCAGGGCUCUCCAGUCUCUCCAAGAGUCGUUGCCCAGCAGAUCCAAGCAAACAUCCCUUCAAAUGAUGUCAUUGAAAAGGUGGAUAUUGCAGGACCGGGUUUCAUCAACAUCCACCUCAAGAAAUCCUUCAUCACCCCCCUCGUCACCGGGAUCUUGACCCAAGGGGUGCUUCCUCCACCCCUCAGUAAGAAGAGGAAGGUCGUCAUUGACAUGUCCUCUCCCAACAUCGCCAAGGAGAUGCACAUAGGUCACCUGAGGUCAACUAUCAUCGGAGAGAGCAUCUCCCGGCUCAUGGAGUUCGUAGGACAUGAUGUGUUGAAGGUAAACCAUCUUGGAGACUGGGGCACUCAGUUUGGCAUGCUCAUCACCCAUCUUGCCGAUCAGUUUCCUAACUAUCUCAACGAGUCUCCUCCCAUCCAGGACCUUCAGAAGUUUUACAAGGAAUCUAAGGUGAGGUUUGAUGGAGAUGAAGAAUUCAAGAAGAGAGCUUACAAGAUGGUGGUCAGACUCCAGGGUGGUGAGCCAAGUAUCAUCAAGGCUUGGGAACUCAUCUGUGAUAUCUCAAAGACAGAAUUCAACAAGAUCUACGCCCGUCUUGAUGUGAAGAAUCUAAUCCCAAGAGGAGAGUCCUUCUAUCAAGAGAGGAUGAAUGUGGUGGUGCAGAAGCUGGAGGCAGGAGGACACUUGGAGUUUGACGACGGCAGAAAGAUCAUGUUCACCCCUGACAGCGCAGUGCCUCUGACUAUUGUCAAGUCUGACGGAGGCUACACCUACGACACGUCGGACAUGGCUACCCUCUACCAAAGAGUGCAUGAGGAUAAGGGUGAAAGGCUCAUAUAUGUGGUGGACGCGGGGCAGGCAACUCAUUUUGAUGCCAUCUUCAGUGGAUGUCGCAAGCUUGGAUGGUAUGAUCCCAACAACGUCAGGAUAGAGCAUGUCAGCUUUGGUGUAGUCUUGGGAGAGGACAAGAAGAAGUUCAAGACCCGCUCCGGAGAUGUAGUUAAACUGGUAUCGCUCCUGGAUGAAGGAUUGAGGCGAUCAUUGGAAACACUCAAGGAGAAGGGUAGAGAUAAGGUACUGACGGCUGAAGAACUCAAAGCAGCCCAGGAGUCUGUAGCUUAUGGAUGCAUCAAGUACGCUGACCUUAGCCAUCGUAGGACCAACGACUACAUCUUCUCAUUCGAUAAGAUGUUGGAAGACAAGGGGAAUACGGCCGUCUAUCUUCUCUAUGCUUACACCAGGAUCAGGUCGAUCUCUAGGAAAGCCGAGGUGCUGGCCGAGACCCUGAAGGAGGCUGCCAAGACCACGUCCAUCCCCGUCGAGCACCCCAAGGAAUGGAAGCUAGCAAAGUGCCUUGCAAGGUUCCCUGAGGUCAUCUCCCGCACGCUGGACGACCUCUUCAUCCAUGGCAUCUGUGAUUAUCUGUACGAGGUGGCCAACACGUUCACAGAGUUCUACGAAGUCUGCUAUUGCAUCGUGAAGAAUAAACAGACAGGAGAAAUCGAGAGUGUUGACACAGGUCGCCUGCUGCUUUGUGAAGCUACCGCGGCCAUCAUGGCCAAGUGCUUUGAUAUUCUAGGACUACACCCUGUGGAGAAGAUGUAGAAUUUAAUGUUUUUGCCAUAUAUUUUUUUCGGGGCUUUAUGUAAGGAAAACUAAAUCCAAGUAACCCUAAGCUGGUAAUAUCAUUAUAGAAUAUCAUGUUUAAAAAAUUUCUUGAACUUUCCAAAUUUUGUACUUUCCUCCUUUGCCAUUUUAAUAAUAGUCACCAGUUAAAUGCAUAGCAAUAGUUUCUGAUCAUUUCAGUAAUUCAUUCAAUUGAAUGGAUAUUCUCUAAUAACAUGGAGUAACACGAUGUCUGCCAUUUUGCUUAGACAGUUUCAUUCCUUAUGCAACACCAUAUCCAUUCUAUGCAGAUCAGUUGAUACGUAUACCCUCUGAGAUCAGUGUUUUAAUUAAACUGGCAACUUGCUUGGUAAGAAGGAAACUACAAACUUUGAAAAGGUUGAUUUAUCAAAAUGUGAACUCCCUUUAGGUUUAAAUAUUACAAAACCGAAAUUUGUAUUUUGUUGUAGUAAUUUUGAUAUAUUUACGAUUCUUGCUACAUUGUAUGACAUUCUUCUCUUUUAAUCGAGUCAGGGACAUCUAAUUGUGAUGAGUAAUAUAUGCUUUUAUCUUGUUUUUUCAGAAUCAACCUUUAAACUAAAAUAAAACUAAAACCUAUUUUGUAUCGAGAUCCAACCUUUGUUGAAAAUAAUAGUAACCAAGUAACACAUUUGAAAUAAUUUCUUAUAAUUAUUCUCUUCAAGAUUUUGCUCUGAAUAGUGAAUUCCCAUUUAACCUUUCAAAAUUACAUUGUAUCUGUCUGGUUUGGCAUACCAAACUAGGAAAACCUAUGGCUAUACAAAACAAGAAUAGAUGAAAUGAUUCAUCAGAAAGGGUUGUAGUAUAAAGAAAAUCUUUUGACGAGAAGAAUUUGGUGUCAAUUGAUAUUUCAUUAGUAAGCUAUGUUUAUCAAAUUGUGUUGGUUACAAGCAGCCAAAAAUUAUUGGCAGGAUUAUGUAAACACACCCUCAAUCAUGUCUAUUGAUCUUCAAACUAUUCAGACUAUUGAAGAAGUUCGGGCGAAUAGGGGUGACAACCUUUUUGCCAAUGAGUUAGAAGUCAUUUAACCCAAUAAGCCAUAAGUCUUUGUGAAGUGCCUCAAUACAAAUUAUUAAGUCACCUGGUUAGAAUAAUAAUAUUUUGAUAGUCGGAAUGCAAACUGCAUAUAUUAAGUGUUGCUAGGUAGGUCAUCCAUAAUGUUUGACCAACCUGGCAACAAUGAAUGUAUUCAUUUUGGUCUAUUGAAAUACUAUUAUUCUUAUCAGGUGAAUGAAAUAAUUAAAGUGGGACUUCAGUACUUGCCCCCUUUAUAUAGCCAACAAUGAUUAAGCUGUCCCCCAUUUCUGUCAUUCAGAGUGAUGUGAUAACCACCUGGCCAAACUACUGCAGAGGUUUCUAAAACGCAGUCAGAAAUUUUGAAUACAUUACUAUGAAAAAUAAAACAAAAUUCA